AUGACUGAAGUAGACAUUCAGCAGGUUGCAGACUCCAAUGCUGGCCCAUUUCUUUUCAAAAAUCCCAAUUACAAGCAUCCAGUGAGAAGGGUUAAGGCGACAAAACAAUUAAUGAUUGACGAACAAAAAUAUUUAAAGGCAAAUGAAGAGAAACUAAAAAAAGAUUCUGUAAAUUACUUCUCAAUUGAUAGUCCACCAUCUGUCAAACCAACCAAAAAAUAUUGUGACAUAACAGGGUUAAAAGGUAAUUACAAAUCUCCAUCAAGUGGAUUAAGAUACUAUAAUGGUGAAAUAUAUUCAAUUGUUAAAAAUAUGGCACCUGGUGUUGAUCAGCAAUAUUUGGAAUUGAGAAAUGCAAAUGUUGUGUUGAAAUAG